CGCGAAAUGCUGCUGCUGUACGUCACUAUUGCAUUUAUGCCAAAUAUUCUGGGAUUUCCGAGAAGAAUUCUUAUCGGAGGUCUGUUCGACAGCGAUGAAGUGAUACAGCAAGCAUUUGAGAUAUCUAUAGAAGCAAUCAACAAAAAUAUCGCCGGUUCCAAGCACGCAACGAGCGUAUUGCUGAUUCCUAAAAGCGAAAAAAUCAGCAAGAAUUCUUUCCAGGUGUCACAGAUAGCGUGCGAAUUGGUAAGCAACGGAAUAGCCGGGAUAUUCGGUCCGCAAAACAAAUUGACAGCAAUCCACGUUCAAAGUAUGUGCGACACUUUGGACAUACCCUAUAUUGCUGCCAGAUGGGAUUCCGAGCCGAAACGUGGAAAGAUUAUAAAUCUAUAUCCGUAUCCCGAGGCGCUUUCCACGGUUUUUCAUGAUUUGAUACAAGAGUACAAAUGGAAAGAAUACGCGAUAUUGUAUGACAACACUGACGCUUUAAUUCGCAUGAAUCGCCUGCUCAAGUUACCAAAUGUGACUACUAUUUCCGUGAUGGUGUUUCAUUUAGGUGGUGGACCGAAUUUUAGGCACGCCAUGAAAGAAGUCAAGCACUACGGAUACAGAAAUAUUAUAAUCGAUUGUUCAUACGAUAAUCUUGCUUCUGUUCUGGAACAAGCGCUACAAGUCGGAUUAAUGUCAGAAAAACAUAAAGUAAUCGUUGCUUCUUUGGACCUACAGACUCUAGAUUUAGAAGCGUACAAAUAUUCCGGAGUAGAUAUAACCGGUGUACGAUUAGUCGAUCCGGAAAGUCCGAUCGUUCGGCAUAUCUUGAAGUCUCUUAAUUGGAAGUUGGCAAACGGUUCUCAUUUAAAGACGGAAGCGGCGCUCGCUUACGACGCAGUGCAACUUUUCGCAAGCGGUUAUGCACGGUUGCGCGACAGCGUCAAGGGAAACCUUAAGAAACUAUUUUGCAACCGUACGGAAACUUGGAGACACGGCUACAGUUUGAGUAAUUACAUACGAAACGAACAAAUAUACGGAUUGAGCGGCAUGAUAAAAUUCGAUACAGCUGGAUUUCGGACUGAAUUUCAAGUGGACAUUUUAACUCUGGGAAAACAAGGGUUGGAAAAAAUCGGAACGUGGAAAACCGAUAACGGUAUCGAAUGGAUAUUGAAAAAUAGAGUUCGUACAAUGAAGGGUGUUGAAAAGAAUUUAAGCAACAAACAUUUUAUUGUUCUGAUAUCGUUAACAAACCCAUAUGGAAUGCUCACAGAAUCAUCAUCGAUAAUGACUGGAAAUGCUCGAUAUGAAGGCUUCGCCAUUGAUAUAAUUCACGAGAUGAGCAAGAUACUGGGAUUUAAUUAUACCUUUGAAGUUCAGACAGACAAUGUUUACGGAGAACUUAAUCAAACAACCGGUCAAUGGAACGGCAUGCUGGGAAAAAUAAUAGCUCGUGAAGCAGAUUUAGCGAUUACGGAUCUGACAAUCACAGCACAAAGAGGUAACGCAGUGGAUUUUACGAGCCCGUUUAUGAAUCUAGGAAUAAGCGUUCUUUACAGAAAACCAACGAUCGCACCACCUAGCUUGUUGUCCUUCUUAGGGCCGUUUUCGAAUGACGUUUGGACAUAUCUGAUCGCAGCGUACAUCGUCGUGUCGAUAUUAUUAUUCGUGAUAGGAAAACUUUGUCCUAUAGAAUGGACAAACCCAUAUCCUUGUAUCAAAGAGCCGGAAGUAUUAGAAACACCCUUCACCGUGAUGGACACUCCGUUCUUCGUGAUUGGUGCCUUACUGAAGGGUUCUACAGAAUUUGCACCCGUCGGAACUUCAACGAGAACUCUGACUGUUGUAUGGUGGUUUUUCAAUCUUAUCAUCGGAUCAACUUACAUCGCCAAUUUAGCAGCCGCGUUAUCUACGAAAUCCGUUGUCUGGCCUUUCAAAGUGGCGGAAGAAUUGGCCUAUCAAACAAAAAUCAAAUACGGCGCAAAAAAGAAAGGCUCGACGCUCUCGUUUUUUCAAGGUUCCACGUAUAAACCGUACGAGAUUAUGUAUAAUUAUAUGAAGGAUCAUGCUGACGAGGUGCUCAUAGAAAAGAACGAGGAAGGUGUGUGGAAGGUGCAACACGAAAAUUACGCGUAUUUCAUGGAGUCCACGUCAAUCGAGUACAUCACGCAGAGAAAGUGUAAUUUAACCCAGAUCGGUGGACUUUUGGAUUCUAAGAGUUACGGGAUAGCAAUGAGAAAAGACGCUCCCUAUCGCGUAGAUCUCAGCGGCGCUGUACUAAAACUGAAGGAAAUCGGUAUCAUCAAUAAAUUGCAGACUAAAUGGUGGAAGGAAAAGCGAACAGAAGAAACAUGCGAAGAUAAAGUAACAGUUCAAGUUCAACCAUUGAAUUUCGAAGAUGUUAGCGGAGUGUUUUUAAUUAUGAUAAGCGGCGUUAUGUUGUCCUGGCUUGUCGCGGGAUGGUCGUUUCUAUGGAAUAUUCGAAAUCUUGCAAUCGAUAAUAACGUGACCUACAAAAAACAAAUUAUAGAAGAAAUGAAGUUUUUGGCCAAAUGUAGCAGCACAAAGGUUAUCAAGAGGAGGAAGAACUCCGUCGAAACCAUCAAUAGCAGCAACACGAAUUAAAUAAUAAAUUACGUCAUCUUUUAGCAAAAAAUUUAUUUAUUCAUGCUUAGUAGACACAGAAGUGAAAAAAAUAAGACAGAAAAAAAAUUAUUUUUAUCGCAGCAUUAUUUGCAGCAUAAUAGUUGUCUUUAAUGAAAUAGAGGAUAAAUUAUCCCACAUUCUAUCCCCCGUAACGAUGUACCCAACAUUAUCUUAUAGAGUAGACGUCUGAGAGACCACGGAAAAAUGUUAAUAAAGAACUGCAAUAUCGUGCAUCAGCUUGAUUAUACUAACAAAAGUUACACUGAGACGAUGAACGUUUAGUCCUCGGACGUUAAACUGAACUCUCGGGCGUCGUAAGAUCGUUAAGGAUCAUGGCUUAUCUCGACCACUUUGUCGUAAACACAUCCGCGUAUAUAUCCAUGAGUAUAGUCAUGGGUGCGUGAUCGAAGCAACAAAGAAGA